GCAGACAGGCUCUGUUGUGUCACUGUUCACAAGUCGCAGUUCCACCAAUCAUGGUUUCCUUAGCAUUCAUCUUGUGGGGUGUAACUGAAGGAUCCAUGGAAGAGGCUGUUACUUAUACUAUUGUCAGCCUGCUGUGUAUCCUGGUGCUGUUUGUUAUGGCUCCACAUCUGGACUUAUUUACAAACAAUGUGAAUGCUAUUAAAUACAUGGCCCUGCGUUUAGGAAGCACCGUCGUGAUGAUCUUUGUAUUUGUAGGUUUGUUCAUUGACUUUUCAAUAAACCAUUCCCCAACUCCAGGAGAUAAAGCAGGAAUUGGAAUCCUACUGGGAAUCAUCACAUUUUUUCAAAUCACAGUUGUUUUAUACCAAAGUAUAGCAGGAAGAAACCUAUCGAGAAGGCGAACACGAAUUAUAGAUAAUCCCAGAGUGCUGCACAUGCUGCUCCUUUGUUUCUCUCCCUUUUUCAUUUCCAUAGUAUACAGAGCAUUAAUAUUAGAAUAUGUUUUGUCGAUUGCUGGACUUACCCUUGGAAUAUUCAUAUGCAGUUAUGUGCGAUGCUCAUCCAGAUAUUUCUAUUUGGCUCAGAAAAGCCUUUUGGGGAUUUUAUUCAUGCUCUACGCAAUAAUACACUUCCACUAUCUAAGUCUGCUUCUGGAAAAUAACAAAGAACGACUUGAAAAGAUGUGCCAAUUUGUGUUCAUCUACAUUCUGACUGUCACAUUCUGCUUUAAAAACUGGGAUCGGGCUGAUUUACUUGCCAAACCCCGUAAAUAUGCAUAUUUCUCAGGGGCUUUUGGUCUCCCUCUCCUGAAUUCUGUAGCCAUGACUACAGAAUUAAUAUGGAAAGCAAACACAGGAAAACAGUUACUGAAUCUACGGCUGAUUUUCCUGAUUUCUGGGUCUGUCUUCCUCUUUGGCUGGUUGGUUAUAGAGAUCUCUGCAUACUGUAAGUAUAACGGGGAUAUGAUGCAUGGCUUUCCAUAGAAGUUUAAUAUGUGUACUGGGAUGUUUACAGCCUGUUGACAGCUUUCCAGUCAUUGUUUACAUCUCCACAUACCUCAGUCAUGCUGCUACCCUUCAGUACUCAAACAUUUAUUAUUCAGAAGUUAUCCUCUCAAGAUGAGUAUAAUAUGAUGAACAGUAAUAAACAAGGUUGUGACUGUAUGAUGUCAUAAUUCUAAAUUGUUAGGCUAAUUAGUCAGUAUUACUACUUACCACAUGACACCUACACUGUAAAAAAAAAAUUGUAAUUUUACAGAAAAUAACCGUCAUUUUUUACAGUAGUUUCUCUUUUUUGAAAGCUGUCUGCAAAGCUCUGUAAAAUGACAGAGAAUAUCCCUGAAUUAAUAAACCAACCUUUAUUUUACGCAUAACGCCAGUAAUGAAAAAUUACACGUAUUUCACAUUUUUAAAAGGAAAAAUACUGUUUAAUUUAUACUGUCUUCUUACAGUCCUGCUAAAUUAUGUUGCGAUUCAUUCCACUUGAAAAGUUACAACUUCAAGUCAGUGUAAGUGUGUGGCUCAGUAGUUUAAGUAUUUGGUCUUGUAAUCCACAGGUUGCUGGUUCAAAUCCAGCUUCAGCUAGACAGCUGCAUGUUUAUGGGCCUUUGAGCCAUGAAAAAUAGUAGUGAAUUACUAUAUUCUCAAAUUACUUUUUGUAGUUUUGUGAACAACACCAUUUAUUAAACAAACAAUUCUGCAUUGGCAGAGUGAAAAAUUAAAAAUGAAAAUAAACUAUUAGUUAAGAAAUAUUCCUUGGAACAACAAACUGUGGAAAACUGAAUUUACAGUAUUUUUCUUGAGACUUGAAGGAAGAGUCCGUUAACGGAAAAUGUGCUUCUAAUUUUCUGCUAGUACAUUUUCUGUUUUUUGAUGGAUUUUUUUUUACAGUGUAGAACUGCCCUUUUAAUCAAGAUAUUUGAUCAUAAUAAUAUUAAGAAAAGCUGUAAAAUAACAGUAUUUAUCCGCUGAACUUUUGGAACUGCCCUUUUAAUUAAGGUGUUUGAUCAAAAUAACAUUAAGAAAAACUGUAAAAUAACAGUAUUUAUUUGUUUAACUUUUGGAAUUGCCCUUUUAA